AUGGACGCUGACGCUACCACCAAGUUUGUGCCUGAACAUCGUCGUACCAAUUUCAAAAACAAGUCAAGAUUCACUGCCGAUGAAUUGAGAAGAAGAAGAGAAACCCAACAAAUUGGGCUCAGAAAACAAAAAAGAGAUGAUGUAUUGGCCAAGAGAAGAAAUCUUGAUGCCGUCAACUUGAAUGACGACUCAGAUGAUGAACACAGUGAUGAUGAUCAAAAUUUCUUGCAACACCUUGAAUUCGAAUUGCCAAAAAUGAUGGAAGAGCUCAAUUCCGGUGAUUUUGAUUCUCAAUUGCAUGCCACUAUUAAAUUCAGACAAAUAUUAUCCAGAGAACACAACCCACCAAUUGACUUGGUUAUCAACACUGGGGUGGUUCCAGUUUUGAUCAAUUUCAUGGGUCAAGAACAGCCAGAAUUGUUGCAAUUGGAAGCCGCUUGGGCUUUGACAAACAUUGCUUCUGGUACUUCUGAACAAACCAAGGUUGUCGUUCAGGCUGGAGCUGUUCCACAUUUUGUUCAGUUAUUGUACUCCCAAUCCAUCGAAGUCAAGGAACAAGCUAUUUGGGCCCUCGGUAAUAUUGCUGGUGACAGUUCUGUUUACAGAGAUUAUGUCCUAAACUGUAACGCUAUGCCUCCAACUUUAUCUUUGUUUGGCUCCCCUAAAAUGUCUUUGAUUAGAACUGCUACCUGGACCUUAUCCAACUUGUGUAGAGGUAAGACCCCUCAACCAGAUUGGGAAGUUGUGAGCCCAGCCUUGCCAACCUUGUCCAAAUUGAUUUAUUCUACAGACACAGAGACCUUGAUUGAUGCCUGUUGGGCUAUUAGUUAUUUAUCUGAUGGUCCAGCUGAGGCAAUUCAAGCUGUGAUUGACGCCAGAAUUCCAAGAAGAUUGGUGGAAUUGUUAGGUCACGAAUCCAAUUUAGUCAAGACCCCUGCGUUAAGAGCCGUUGGUAAUAUUGUUACUGGUAAUGAUAGCCAAACCCAGUACGUCAUCAAUGCUGGCGUUUUGACUGCUUUGGCUCCUUUGUUGAGUAAUCCAAAAGAAUCCAUCAGAAAAGAAGCUUGCUGGACUAUUUCCAAUAUUACUGCCGGUAAUACCGAUCAAAUUCAAGCUGUUAUUGAUAGCAACUUGAUCCCACCUUUGAUCAAAAUUUUGGAAUCUGGUGAAUAUAAGACCAAGAAGGAAGCUUGUUGGGCUAUUAGCAAUGCCUCUUCUGGCGGUUUAACUAAACCUGAACAAAUAAGAUAUUUGGUUCAGCAAGGCUGUAUCAAACCAUUGUGUGACUUAUUGGUUAUUGGUGAAAACAAAAUUAUAGAAGUUGCCUUGGAUGCCUUAGAAAACAUUUUGAAGAUGGGUGAAAUUGAAAGAGAACUUAGAGGCGCUACUGUCAAUGAAAAUGCUAUCUUUAUUGAAGAAGCUGGUGGUAUGGAUAAGAUCUUUGAAUGUCAAAGAAAUGAAAACCAAAAAAUCUAUGAAAAAUCCUAUAAUAUUAUUGAUAAAUAUUUCAAUGAUGAAGAUGAUGACGGUGCCAAUGAUGAAGAACUCAACCCUGCUGAUAACGGUGCUACUUUUGCGUUCGGUGCUCAAGCCGAUCAACCACAAGGUGGUUUCCAAUUCUGA